AUGUCUAAUUCUUGCCCUUUCCAUAAGAUUGUAUUCGGACUUGCGAUCCCGGUGAAACUAGGACCGAUGCAGACCAUAGGGAUGGGUUGGAAUUUCCAAUUUCAGUAUACCGAACCCACAAACAUCACCCAGCUGCAGACCUACCCGCCCGUAGUGUCCGCACGUUCCAGGGACAAAAGGGAAAUGCAGGAGAGCGAUCGCGCCCUAUUUUACUCCGGCUUGGAGGGCGUACUAAAUAGCGAAGGAAUAGACGGCAGGGCAUGCAUCUUGAGAAGUAUUUGCGAGAAUGCAGCAGAUAGUACGUUCCAUGAAGCUAAUGGCCUCUAUGGGCAUCUAAUCCAUAUUGCAUUGACACCUGACUACGGUGACGGAGAAGUAGAUCCACAGCUGAAUCCUAUUUACUACGAAGCACAAAAGGCUGGAGAGUAUGGUGUUGAGUGUGAUACCUUAUACCCUGACUGUAACUGUAGAAAUGGAUUUCUAGACUUGUUUUCAGUUGUAGAAGAGGACUUACAAAAAUAUACUGAAUUUAAAUAA